UCGGUCAAAUCGAAGAAAGUAUCACCUACUUCCUUCACGUCGCUCGCUUGCUACGGUUCGAGUCUGAAGCUCCAUUGCUUCCGAAGAGAAGGAAAUGAAGCCGAUUUUUUGUGGGAAUUUUGAAUAUGAUGCUCGACAGAAUGAAUUGGAGCGGCUGUUUGGUAGAUAUGGGAAAGUUGAUAGGGUCGAUAUGAAGUCUGUGAAAUAAACUUAUAGUAACAAUCAUAUAUCCCCCUGCGAGAAUCAAAACUGGGUCUUACAGCGGAAAGGAAAUUCAACCACGGCAUGUCUGCAUCUGUAACUGUGGCACCUCGGAUGUGCUGUUUCAUCAGCAGUUUGACCGAAUAAUCAUCUGGCUACAUUUCUCAGUGGCAGCAGUCUUCCUUGUUGAGUUACUGUGGGGGUUCCGGAUACGUUUAAGAAAGAGCAUGUAUUUUUUGGCACAUAAACCCCCAUACUCAACAUUUUCUUUGACGCAGGAUUAUCUUGGGAUAACCAUAAUCCUCCAGGCUAGUGGAUGGGCUCUUCAGAAUUCUGUUUCUUACUUGUGAUGAGCUUCCUCUUCUUGUUUUCAAGAAGAGUCACUCUGAUCGGCAAUUGCACUACCGCCAUCCCACAUUUUCCACAGUCACAAUUGCCUUUCAUUCCUCAUGACCUUCGCCCAGCCCUCAAUCACAAUUGAAACACUGCCAUCCCAUGGCAGGGGCAGCCGAUUAGAUGGAGAAGGCACUCUCUUUACAUUGACCCACCAUGAGACAUCCAUUUUUGGAUUCUUGUCCCUUGACAUCACUUAGUUCAUAUUGCAAGGGUUUGCUUUCAUCUAUAUGGAGGAUGAGAGAGAUGCUGAAUAUGCCAUUAGGGGACUUGACCGAAAAGAAUUUGGUCGAAAAGGACGCAGGCUUCGUGUUGAAUGGACGAAGGUAGCAAAUCAAGAACGUGGUGCUAGAAGACCUGGUGCAUCAAGAAGAUCUUCGACUAAUACAAGACCUUCAAAGACCUUGUUUGUUAUAAAUUUUGAUCCUUAUCACACAAGGACCAAAGAUUUGGAGAGGCAUUUUGAUUCAUAUGGGAAAAUCGUCAGCGUAAGGAUCAGAAGAAAUUUUGCAUUUGUUCAGUAUGAGUCACAAGAGGAUGCUACCAGGGCAUUGGAAGCUACAAACAUGAGCAAGCUGAUGGAUCGAGUUAUAUCGGUGGAAUAUGCAGUUCGUGAUGACGAUGAAAGAGGAGAUGGAUUUAGCCCUGACCGGAGAAGUCGUGAUAGGUCUCCAGACAGAGGCCGUGAUAGAAGAAGGUCCCCAAGCCCCUACAAAAGAGAGAGAGGUAGCCCUGAUUAUGGCCGAGGCCCUAGCCCUGGUCCCUACAGGAGAGAAAGGGGUAGUCCUGAUUAUGGACGUGCAGCAAGUCCUUAUAGAAGGGAGAGAGUUAGUUCUGACUAUGGCCGUGGGCGCAGCCCAAGUCCAUAUAGGAGGGACAGGUCUGAUCAUGGCCGCGUCUCCAGUCGUAGUCCUAGAAAAGAGAGGGUGAGUGCUGACCGUGUUCAUGAUCGUACCCGUAGUCCUUAUGGAAGAGAGAGGCCUGGGGAUGACAAUGGCCAUGGUCCCAGUCGUAGCUCAUAUAAGAGAGAUAGGGGUAGUCCUGAAAAUGGUCCCAGACGUAGUCCAUAUAAGAGAGAACGGGAUAGUCCAAGGGAUAGUCCUGAAAAUGGCCGUCUCCCAAGCAGUAGUCCAUAUAAGAGAGAGAGGGUCAGUCCUGAAAAUGGUGGUGGCCCCAGCGGUAGUCCUUAUGAAACAGAGAGGGCCAGCCCGGAAAAUGGUCGUGUUGCAAGCCUAAAUUCUGCGCCUGAAGCUAGGGAUAGCCCCAACUAUGGCGGGCCUGAAAGCCCCAUGAAUGAGAGAUAUAGCAGCCGUUCACCGCAAGCUGAGGAGGAAUGAUAUUGAAACUUGAUCAGUAGGUUGUAUCGGUGUCUGCUCGUGAGAUGCUAUUCAGUUUGUUGUUCCCCUGAAAACCACCGCGUAAUCAAAUCGUAAUGCAACUUUGUAGUUUCUUGUAGACUUGUUCUUAUUUGUAGCUUUUAGAUUCUUUCUGCUCAAAACGUAAUGAUGGAACUUAUUAUUUUGUUAUUGAAGGAGAGUUGUAACACAGAUUUAGCCGUUUGAUAUUUCGUGUUAUUUUCAAUUUCUUGAUUGAUCCGUAUUUGAAGCA